AUGGCCGAGAAGCACACAUCAGAAGAACUACUAAAAACAACUCUUGUGUUUGAUGUGGAAGGAGUGGUAUUAAGGUCAACUUCACUCUUUCCUUACUUCAUGCUUGUGGCAUUUGAAGGUGGUGGUGUCUUGAGAGGUUUAGUGUUGUUCUUAUUUUACCCUUUGGUUUGUUUGCUUAGCAAGGAUAUAGGGUUAAAGAUUAUGGUGUUUAUAUGCUUCUUUGGGAUAAAAAAGGACAAGUUUUCGAUUGGAAGAACCGUUUUGCCAAAAUUCUUUUUGGAGGAUUUAUGGUUUGAAGGGUUUCAGGAAGUGAUGAGGUGUGGAAGAAAGGUGGGCUUGAGUGAAUUGCCUAUGGUUAUGGUUGAAGUAUUUUUGAAGGAUUAUUUGAGUGUUGAUCUUGUUCUUGGGAGAGAUUUAAAAGUAGUUUGUGGGUAUUUUGUGGGAUUGAUGAAGGAGGUGUCAUCAAUAAGAUCAAAUUUAUUGAUAAACGAUGUGUUUGGAGAGAGAAAAUGUGAUAGUAAUCUCAUUGGUUUAAGGUGCUCCAACAAAAUUCAUGAUCAUCAUAUUUUCUCUCAUUGCACGGUAUGA